AAAUUUAUUUGUCCUUAUCGAGAGGCGAACCAUCAGCAGCGUUGAGCUCUUUGCGUGCACUUUCUUCCGCAAAAAUUUCGUCGCAAAAGCAAACAAAACUAUUAAUAAACAACGCGUUCGCGAACAACGGUCCCCGGGGCACCGUGCGGUGGUGAAAAAUCUAGGAAAACGGAAAAUCCCUUUCUUCCAGGUAGGUGUGCGGGUCCAGAAAAAGCCGUCAAAAUUAAACCCCAAGCGGAGCAGCGGGCGGAAGAAAGGACGGAAAGAGAAAGUGUGUCGUCGUCCUCGGACACUUCUUCGUCGUCUGCUUCCGCCGUAGCGCUGCACCAACUACCUGCCGAGGCUUCCCAGGAAUUGCUCGAGGCGGGUCAAGAUCAGGGCUGUUCGUCCACGUCCACGGUUCAGGAAGCCAGCAGCGAAACAUUCCCGGUGAUACAAAACGAAGACGUAGUUUCUGUUGACGAAGCAGGAACAUCCCGGCAGGAGGUCGAUCCACUGCCAGUAAACGGCAACGAACAAACUCAACCGGAGGAACCCUCCCACGCCUCGAACUCCAGCCCCCCGGAGAACGCCAUGCCAGUGAGGGUUGACAUCGUGCCGCCUCCGCCCAACAACUCCAAACAGUUGGGCGUCACCAAAUCGCUCCUCUACAAUGGAUCCAAGUUCCGAGGGUUCCAGAAAUCGAAAGGCAACUCGUACGAAGUGGAAGUCGUGCUGCAGCAUGUGGACGAGGCCAAUUCGUACCUUUGCGGGUACCUCAAAAUAACCGGACUGACCUUCGAGUUCCCCACGCUCACGACUUUCUUCGACGGGGAGAUUAUCUCUAAGAAGUAUCCCUUCCUCACCCGCAAAUGGGACGCCGACGAGGAAGUCGACCGGAAGCAUUUCGGAAAGUUUGCUGCUUUCGUGGACUACCAGAAGAACUUCAACUCGGACGAUUUCGACUACGAGGCCCUGCAGAAGAGCGACUAUGUGUUCAUGAGAUGGAAAGAACACUUCCUGGUACCGAAUCAUAAAAUAAAGGACAUCAACGGGGCUUCGUUUGCUGGGUUUUACUACAUCUGCUUCCAAAAGUCGCGGGCGGUAAUGGAAGGAUACUACUAUCACAGAACCUCCGAAUGGUACCAAUCACUCACCCUCGAACACGUACCCGAGUCGUGCAUUCAGAUCUACGAAUUCAGAUAAGUAUGUAGUGGAGUGGGCCAAGAUUUCCAAACUACAAAUUACAUAAGCAAAGCAAAAAUCUACAUCACACACUGCUAGGUAGAUUGACAAACAAUUAUUGCUAUUACUGCGUUACUUAUAGCUUUGAGUUGGUCACCAUCCUCCGCUGAUGUUAUGCAAUCAAGCAGUAAAUUUCCCCAAACACGAAACCUACAAUCGUGCCAGUAAGUUAACGAUCUACGAUAGAGGACAUUGAAUGCUUCCUCACACCACAAUCUGAACACAACUUAACGUAAAAUCUUAAAUGAGUUCUCUGAUAGAGUGACCGCUAGGUAGUACUAAGUAACACCUUAUAUAAUUUGAAAUACUUGACCAGCGUCUGAAGCGAAUAUCGAUACCAAUAAUUAGAACAUGUUUUAAUAGCGAUUAUUAACUUUCUCGAUAGUUCAAUAAAUGAAACAAAGAAUAACUGUUUUCGAUUUUUGCUGCUUAUUAAUGUACGAAGCAACAUCGUUCGUAGCGAGACUACUAAAGCGCAAACAGUGGAGAAAACGAUGUUGCAAGCAGCAGGACACAUAUGCAUAACACUAGAUCAUUCAAAGAAUUCAAAUGUGAGCGUUUUUUCGUCUCAAGAAGAAAAAGAAAAUCAAGCUAAUAAUUAAACCUAUUAUACUAAAAUAGAAUACAAAGCACUACCUGAAUGCCAUGUUAUUAACUUUAUGGAUUAUUUAAUAUGUAAUUUUGUAUCAAUGUACGAACAGAGGAGAAACAAAAUGGAAGGAACGUUGCACACCAACUGGUGAUUGAUAAAUCUGACUUUGAUAAAGAAAAAACUGCAGGAAUGACAGAGACUAUCACACGAGAAAAAGAACAAUCGAGCGAGUUAAAGAAAGUAGCAUUUCCCGCGCAAUAUUUAAAAUUGAUUAAGUUAGAAAUUGACAUAAACCAUCUCUUCUCGACGAGUAACAAACGUGUAGGAGGUUCACACAUAAAUAGCUGCAGAAUAGCGUACGAAUCAUCUGGAUUAUAGGAUUGAGCAAUUCGAGAAUGCGCCCAGUCAGUGGGCGCACGCAAAACGAUCGAAUGGUGUCCUUGGUGGGCAGUUGCAAGAUUUGCAGACAAUGCUGUACACAUGAUAUUGACAGAUACACGUGUAAUAACGAACUACCUUAUUCCAUAUAUUCAAAUGCUGUUUGGGUCAAAAGGUACGUAUAUAUUUUCAAUAAAAAUUAUUUGCACUUAACAAUGUGCGCAAGACA